CCCUUAUUAUAUUCCAUCAUAAUUACAGUAGUUAACCAAAAAAAUUAAAAAAAUAACCAGGCGAUGCUUUGAAUGGCACCGGCGAAGAAGGGGAAAUCGAAGGCCAACAACACAGCCAAUUCAAAACCAUCAGAUACUGAAAACAAUAAUUUCCCAUCGUGUAUUCGGUUAAUCUCUCCCUCCUCCGUUGCGAUCACCAUCCACGCCAAGCCGGGCUCUAAAUCCGCUUCCAUAACCGAUUUCAGCGAUGAAGCGUUAGGAGUGCAAAUAGACGCACCUGCCAAAGACGGAGAAGCUAACGCCGCCCUCCUUGAUUUCAUGAGCACUGUGUUAGGUGUGAAAAGAAGGCAGGUAUCAAUACGCUCUGGUUCUAAAUCGAGAGACAAGGUGGUGAUAGUGGAGGAGGUAACUCUACAGAGCGUUUUUGAUGCUCUGGGAAAAGCGUCAAAGUGCUAAUCAUGGUGGAGUGAUAAGAGAAUUAAUAUCUAUUUAUCAACUAUGGUUGAUCUCCUUGUAAGAAGGGCUUGAACAAGAGCUUGUUUCAUCCGCAUAUGCUAAUGAUUCGAGGUAUUUAGUAUAGCUUUUCUUGCAUCUUCUUUGUCACUAAGGGUUGAGUACUUCCUCAUUUUGACUUGCAAAUUACAGAAAUUAGUUCGUAGUUCUCUUUGUGAUUUUACUUGUUAAAAUGAAUGGUGUUCUGUGUAAAUGUUGUUCUUACUGGUUUUUGUUGAUCUUUCAACAUAUUAGUCAUUGUUCCUUGCUAGCUUUGUAUUCUGAGUAUAUCAAUAUGCUACUAGAAUUUUAUUGUAUUUUUUACAGAUAAUUUAAUCCCUCAAGACCA